UGUGCUAUCAAAUACAACAGUUUCGUAUGCAUAUCUUUGCUGAUAAGUAUUAUUUAGUGUUCUUUAAAAGUAAAUCGAUUUUUUGCAAAUAGGUUUUUAAAUCCCAUUCAAAGUAGCAGCUAAAUUUUCUGGUCAUUAGUUAUUUUUAUUCUGUAACUAUUAAAGCCAGGAUGUCGUCCUCCGUUCAUUGCCAGUUAUGGAUGGGGAGUUUGGAGCCAUAUAUGACUGAAAACUUUAUAAUAGCAGCAUUUCGAAAAAUGGGCGAAGAACCGACUACCGUACGUCUAAUGAGGAACAAGUAUACGGGGGAGCCGGCCGGAUAUUGCUUUGUCAAUUUCGCUACUGAUGAGAGUGCCAUGGAUGCUAUGCAUAAAUUGAAUGGCAAGCCUAUACCUGGAACGAAUCCGAUUGUACGUUUUCGAUUGAAUAGCGCAAGCAAUUCAUAUAAAUUGCCAGGAAAUGAGCGAGAAUUCAGCGUAUGGGUUGGUGACCUAAGCUCAGAUGUUGAUGAUUAUCAAUUGUAUAAAGUGUUUUCCACAAAAUAUACUUCAAUCAAAACAGCAAAAGUAAUUUUAGAUAGUUCCGGAUUUUCAAAAGGAUAUGGUUUCGUAAGAUUUGGUAUAGAGGAUGAACAAAAGUCUGCUUUGUAUGAUAUGAAUGGAUAUAUCGGCUUAGGCACAAAGCCUAUUAAAAUUUGUAACGCUGUACCAAAACCAAAGAAUGAAUUAGGCGUAGCACUGGGUACAACCAGUAACUAUGGCUAUGGCGGUGUCGGUAUGGGUACUGUGCCUUCGGCUACAACAACAACCCCAGACUAUUCGCAAUAUUACGACCCAACAAGCACAUAUUGGCAGAAUUACAACUCUUGGCAAGGAUACUAUGAUCAAAGUGGAACAGGGGCUAUGACAGAUCCAAAUAGCGCCUACUAUCAGCAAUCAAUGGCACAAUCUCAUGCAAACCCGCAAACAUUAGCACAACACGCAGAGGCAUGGAGUGCACAGCGAACCGCUCAAUAUGAACAACAACAAGCGGCAGCAGCUGCUGCAAAUAAUGCCCCAAAUGCCGUUGAAGAUGAUGAUUAUGCCUUGGUAGAACACAAAUAUAUAUUAGAUAUAGAUAAGUUAAAUCGGGACACAUUGGAUGCCGACCGUUUAUUGUAUGACGCUCUUGAGAGUUCUAAAUGGCUACCACUUGAACAAUUAGAAACUUUCUAAUAUUUAAUUUGAAUAAACUUAUCUAUUAGUUUGUUUUAUAUAUAUUGCAUCAAAUAAAUGUAAUAACAA